CACGUCACGCCCUCUAACUGUGGCAUUGGUCUUUUUCACAUGUACUAUAUUCCAAGGGGACCAUGGACGAAAUCACUAUUAUCUGUUUGCAAAGACAAAAGAUCUGUAGCUCAAGUUCAUGCACUAAUGAUAUUGACUGGUAUUCUUGUUACUGGGAGUAAUAAUAAUAAUAAUAACCUACUAAUUGCUUCCUAUGCAAGAACAGGUGAUUUCUUCUCUGCUCGUAGUGUGUUCGAUGAUUUGCCUCACAGAGGUGUCAUGACUUGGAAUGCUUUGAUCAUUGCGUAUUCUCGUAAGGGUUCACCAGAUGAGGUCAUAGGGCUAUAUCGUCGGAUGAUUUUAGAAGGAAUUAAACCCGAUAGUUCAAUUUUUACUGUUACUCUUAAAGCGUGUGCUAGCUUGCUUGAUUUGAAAACAGGUGAAGAAAUUCGAGAUCUUGCAAUUGAGUAUGGAUAUAAAGAUGAUGUUUUUGUGUGUUCGUCCGUUCUGAAUUUGUAUGCAAAGUGCGGGAAGAUGGAUGAAGCAAUGAGGAUCUUUGAUGGAAUGCCAAAAAAGGAUCUUGUCUCUUGGACUACUAUGAUUUCAGGCUUUGUUCGAAUUGGCGGAUCAAUGGAAGCUGUAACUAUUUAUAGACGGAUGCAGAAUGAGGGAAUGGAAGGUGAUGGGAUAGUUAUGGUGGGUUUACUUCAGUCUUGUGCGAGUCUGGGCGAUCUGAAAAUGGGUCUCUCUAUUCAUGGGUACAUGAUUAGACGAGAAUUUACAAUGGAUGUUGUAGUCCAAACCACUCUAAUUGACAUGUAUGUGAAGAAUGGCCUGUUGACUGUUGCUUCCAGUGUUUUCAGAAAGAUGAGUUACAGGAAUGUGGUUUCUUGGGGAGCUUUGAUGUCUGGUUUUGCUCAGAAUGGGUUCGCAGGGGAAGCAUUUGAGUUGCUGAUCCAGAUGCAAAGAGAUGGAUUUAAACCUGACAUGGCUUCGCUUCUGAGUGUAUUAGUGGCUUGUUCUCAUAUUGGACUUUUGAAACUGGGCAAAUCUGUACAUGGAUAUAUUGCGAGGAGGCUUGAAUUUGAUCACGUCUCUGCUACUGCAAUGAUUGAUAUGUACUCAAAAUGUGGCUCAUUAUCAAGUGCCUGCUCUCUUUUUGAUCGCGUAAAUACAAGAGAUAUGAUCUCUUGGAAUGCAAUUAUUGCAGGCUAUGGAGUACAUGGACAAGGAAGAGAGGCGCUUUCGAUUUUCCUCCAAAUGAAUGAAACAAAUUUAAAACCAGAUCAUGCUACUUUUGCUUCUCUUCUUUCAGCUUUUAGUCAUUCAGGUUUAGUUGAAGAAGGAUUACAUUGGUUUAAUCUGAUGGUUACAGAUUAUAAGAUCCAACCUCAUGAAAAGCAUUAUGUCUGCGUGGUUGAUCUUUUGGCUCGAGCAGGCCGAGUUGAAGAAGCUCAUGAGCUAAUCGAAGCCAUGGUUAAUGAACCAGGGAUUGCAGUUUGGGUAGCUCUACUUUCGGGUUGUCGAAACAAAGUGAAUAUAGACUUCGGACAAAAAAUAGCAAAUAAAGUUCUUCAGUUAAAACCAGAUGAUCCAGGAAUUUAUGCUUUGGUCUCUAAUGUAUUUGCCGCAGCAAGAAACUGGGAUGCAGUUGCUAGCGUGAGAAAGCUAAUGAGGAACAGUGGAAGGAAGAAAAUACCCGGAUAUAGUGUAGCAGAGGUUAAUGGCAGGCUGCACGCAUUUUUAGUUGAAGAUAAAAGCCACCCUCAACAUGAAAAGAUUGUAGCCAUGUUAGAAUGGCUUGAUCAAGAAAUGAGAAAGAUGGGUUAUGUACCAAACACAGAAUUCGUAUUGCACGAUCUUGAUGAAGAAGUAAAGCAGAGAAUGUUAUUUAAUCACAGUGAGAGAUUAGCAAUUGCGUUUGCAUUACUGAAUACUGGACCUGGGGCGAGACUUUUAAUAACUAAGAACCUUAGAGUUUGUGGGGAUUGUCACGAAGCAACCAAAUUCAUUUCCAAGAUUGUUGAUAGAGAGAUUGUGGUGAGAGACGUAAAGCGAUUCCAUCAUUUCAAGGAUGGGUUUUGCUCUUGUGGGGAUUACUGGUGAGCUUUCACUCAGUGACUGGACGUAUGAUGAAUCUGAAGACGCUGUCAGCUUUUUCCAGCAGCCUUAAUUUGUAUAAAUUUGUCAGGAACUGAACAAGAUAUUUUCAAGGAAAAGAAGUUGGAUCGGGAUUGAGUAUAAGGAGACGAAUUGUGGAAGUCUCGUAAGAGCCGUCUUAUAGACCAGGCCAGGCCAGCUAGGCUAUUGCCUACAGCCUCACAAUGUUGGGGCCCAAAAUUUUAG